UUAAUCGGCUUUGCAGAUUCGCAGCCGCCAUUAUUGUGCACGAAGACAGAAGUGAGAUGUCGGCCGGAGCAGAGGAAGACAAGAUGCCCGUCGGCGGCGAUCUGGCCGCUCAUAUCAACCUUAAAGUCAGAGGACAGAAACGACGAAGGGAGGAACUGAUUUUCAGGAUGAAAAGAAGCACCCGACUGAAGAGACUCAUGAAAUCGUACUGUGAUCGCAAAUCAAUGGAUCUUAAUUCAACAGCUUUCCUGUUUCAUGGUCGCCGUCUUCGAUGGGAGCAGACUCCAGAUGAGCUGGAGAUGGAAGAUGGUGAUGAGAUUGAUGCAAUGCUACACCAAACUGUGCAUAAGCAAUUUAUUGUGCACGAAGACAGAAGAGAGAUGUCGGCCAGAGCAGAGGAAGACAAGAUGUCCGUCUGCAGCAACCAGGCCACUCAUAUCAACCUUAAAGUCAAAGGACAGAAACGACGAAGGGAGGAACUGAUUUUCAGGAUGAAAAGAAGCACCCGACUGAAGAGACUCAUGAAAUCAUACUGCGAUCGCAAAUCAAUGGAUCUUAAUUCAACAGCUUUCCUGUUUCAUGGUCGCCGUCUUCGAUGGGAGCAGACUCCAGAUGAGCUGGAGAUGGAAGAUGGUGAUGAGAUUGAUGCAAUGCUACACCAAACUGUGCAUAAGCAAUUCAGAAGAGAGAUGUCGGCCGGAGCAGAGGAAGACAAGAUGUCUGUCUGCAGCAACCAGGCCACUCAUAUCAACCUUAAAGUCAAAGGACAGAAACGACGAAGGGAGGAACUGAUUUUCAGGAUGAGAAGAAGCACCCGACUGAAGAAACUCAUGAAAUCAUACUGUGAUCACAAAUCAGUGGAUCUUAAUUCAACAGCUUUCCUGUUUCAUGGUCGCCGUCUUCGAUGGGAGCAGACUCCGGAUGAGCUGGAGAUGGAAGAUGGUGAUGAGAUUGAUGCAAUGCUACACCAAACUGUGCAUAAGCAAUUUAUUGUGCACAAAGACAGAAGAGAGAUGUCGGCCGGAGCAGAGGAAGACAAGAUGCCCGUCUGCGGCGACCAGGCCGCUCAUAUCAACCUUAAAGUCAAAGGACAGAAACGACGAAGGGAGGAACUGAUUUUCGGAUGAAAAGAAGCACCCGACUGAAGAGACUCAUGAAAUCAUACUGUGAUCACAAAUCAAUGGAUCUUAAUUCAACAGCUUUCCUGUUUCAUGGUCGCUUUCUUCGAUGGGAGCAGACUCCAGAUGAGCUAGAGAUGGAAGAUGGUGAUGAGAUUGAUACAAUGUUACCAAAAAAAAUCCACUGAGAAUGGAAAGGAAUAUAUGCAUUUAUCCACUGAGAAGAUGACUAUUUACAUCAUUUACAUAUGUUACAAGAGAGCAGGUAUGAAAUGCUGUCUAAAACCAUGAGACUCACCUUCUUCUGUAUUACUGAUAGUUGUUCACUGCCAGUGUAGACUGUAAGCUGUCCCCUCUCAGCGGGUUGAAAUUGCUUUUGAAUGAACUCUUUUGUAUGAUUAUAUAUACUGCAAAUGCAAAGUGUGAGCAGACAAAGUAGAAUUGCAAGGUAUAU